GGCGGCCCAGCCGCGGAAGGAGCAUGGCGUGGAGACAGCUGAAAAAGCGGGCCCAGGAUGCUGUGGUCAUCCUGGGGGGUGGAGGACUUCUCUUUGCUUCCUACCUGAUGGCCACAGGGGAUGAGCAUUUCUAUGCUGAAUACUUCAUGCCAGCUCUGCAGGGGCUGCUGGACCCGGAGUCAGCCCACAGACUGGCCGUUCGCUUCACCUCCCUGGGGCUCCUUCCUCGAGCCACAUUUCAAGACUCCGACAUGCUGGAAGUGAGAGUCCUGGGCCAUAAAUUCCGAAAUCCAGUAGGAAUUGCUGCAGGAUUUGACAAGCAUGGGGAAGCUGUGGAUGGUCUUUAUAAGAUGGGCUUUGGUUUUGUUGAGAUAGGAAGUGUGACUCCAAAACCUCAGGAAGGAAACCCCAAACCCAGAGUCUUCCGUCUGCCUGAGGACCAAGCUGUCAUUAACAGAUAUGGAUUUAACAGUCAUGGACUCUCAGUGGUGGAACACAGGUUACGGGCCAGACAACAGAAGCAGACCAAGCUCACAGAAGAUGGGCUGCCACUGGGAAUAAACCUGGGGAAGAAUAAGACUUCAGUGGAUGCUGCUGCCGACUACGCAGAGGGGGUUCGAGUCCUCGGCCCCUUGGCCGACUACUUGGUAGUGAACGUGUCCAGUCCCAACACAGCUGGGCUGCGGACCCUUCAGGGAAAGGCCGAGCUGCGCCACCUGCUCACCAAGGUACUGCAGGAGAGGGAUGCCUUGAAGGGAGUGCAUAAGCCAGCAGUGCUGGUUAAGAUCGCGCCUGACCUUACGGCCCAGGACAAGGAGGAUAUCGCCAGUGUGGUGAGAGAGUUGGGCAUUGAUGGAUUGAUUGUCACGAACACCACAGUGAGUCGCCCUGCCACCCUCCAGGGUACCCUGUGCUCUGAAAUGGGAGGGCUAAGCGGGAGGCCCCUCCGGGAUUUGUCAACUCAAACCAUUCGGGAGAUGUACGCACUCACCCAAGGCAAGGUUCCCAUAAUCGGGGUUGGCGGUGUCAGCAGCGGGCAGGAUGCGCUGGAGAAAAUCCAGGCAGGGGCCUCCCUGGUGCAGCUGUACACAGCCCUCACCUACCAGGGGCCGCCCGUGGUGGGCAGAGUCAAGCGGGAGCUGGAAGCCCUUUUGAAAGAGCAGGGUUUUAACAGAGUCACAGAUGCCAUUGGAGCAGAUCAUUGGAGGUAA